AUGACCCAAGGUGCAAGCAACGGCCACCCUAACGGGUCGGCGCUGCCUCAUGUCCGAACACUUCCCCUUUUCUACGACAGCGAAGACUCCCAGCAAUCUGCGACUAGUCUAAUCCUGACUGUUCGACCAGACUGGGCCUCCGACGACUCCAACAUCGAAUUCGUUCGCUUCACCGACGGCAUUACCAAUACCCUUCUCAAAGCCAUCAACAAGCGAAAGGGCUGGUCCAAGGAGGAUAUAGACAGGGAGGCCAUCUUGUUGCGCGCAUAUGGAAAUGGAACCGCUGUCCUCAUCGAUCGCGAGCGCGAAGCCCAGAACCAUGAACUGCUCAUGAAGCAUGGUCUUGCCCCCGAACUGCUCGCCCGAUUCCAAAAUGGCAUGCUAUACCGCUUCAUCAAGGGCAGCGUCACAGCCCCGGAGGACCUGAGGAAGCCACACAUCUAUCGAGCCGUCGCCAGCAGGUUAGCGCAGUGGCAUGCGACUGUGCCCUGCAUUACACACCAGACGUCGACCAAUGGUAAUGUUAAGGGCCACGAUCAGGACCUGAACGCCAUCAUCGACAAUGCCGCACCUGGGAAGCCUGUGCCGAACCUAUGGUCAGUGAUGCAAAAAUGGAUAUUGGCCCUACCCAGCGACACACAGGUGCAGAGGGAGAGACAAGACAAGCUUCAGAAGGAGUUUGAAUACAUUGUGGAGGAGUUCAGCCAACGCCCCGGGCUAGGUGUUGAAGGCCCCGCCAAAGGCCCUAAGAAGGAAGCCACAGUGACAUUCAUCGACUAUGAGUAUGCCACGCCGUCCCCAGCCGCUUUCGAUAUUGCCAAUCACUUGGCCGAGUGGGGUGGAUUCGACUGCGACUAUAACUUUAUGCCCACCCAAUCCCAGCGUCGGGAGUUCAUUGAGGAGUACAUCCGCUCAUUCUACAAGUACUCCGAGAGCAACACAAAUGUUGAUAUCGAGGCGGAGGUCAGAAAGCUCACACACGAGGUAGACCUCUUCCGUGGCGUGCCAGGAUUCUACUGGGGCAUCUGGGCUUUGAUCCAAGCCGUCAUCUCAGAGAUUGACUUUGAUUACGCCUCGUAUGCGGAAACGCGCCUGGCUGAGUACUGGGCGUGGAAGGCAGAGAAAGAUGGCAGCAGAGCCGCGGCUGGCAAAGAGAAGCCCCUGCGUGAGAGACGCUGGGAGCAACUGGAGUAA